CUCUCCUCUCUCACCUACUUACUAUCUUAAUAAUACCAACGUUUCCCAAAUGCUUUGAUUUGUAAUAUUCUAAAUCCCUUCAAGGGCACAGUUGCUCUGGUUUUGAGGGAUUUUAGGGGCUCGAUCCGGUGGUUUUACGGUCAAAAUUUGCUGCUUUUCGAGGUCUUUUCUGGCUUGCAUUCUGUCGGAAUUCGGAAAAUGUUUUUGGUCGAUUGGUUCUAUGGAGUUCUUGCGUCCCUUGGGUUGUGGCAAAAGGAGGCCAAGAUCCUUUUCUUAGGGCUUGAUAAUGCUGGAAAGACGACCUUGCUUCAUAUGUUGAAAGAUGAGAGAUUAGUUCAACACCAGCCGACUCAGCAUCCAACUUCCGAAGAGUUGAGCAUUGGCAAGAUAAAGUUCAAGGCCUUUGACCUUGGAGGACAUCAGAUUGCUCGCCGAGUUUGGAAAGAUUACUAUGCUAAGGUGGAUGCAGUAGUUUAUCUGGUUGAUGCAUAUGACAAGGAGAGAUUUGCCGAGUCGAAAAAAGAGUUGGAUGCGCUCCUCUCCGAUGAAGCAUUGGCAGACGUUCCAUUCCUGAUUCUAGGUAACAAGAUUGAUAUUUCAUAUGCUGCAUCCGAAGACGAGUUACGGUACAACUUGGGGCUAACAAACUUCACGACUGGCAAGGGCAAGGUAACCAUGUCUGACUCUAACGUUCGUCCUCUCGAGGUUUUCAUGUGUAGCAUUGUGAGAAAAAUGGGUUAUGGGGAUGGUUUCAAAUGGCUUUCUCAGUACAUUAAGUAGUAGAUUUUAUUUUGUUUGUGCUGAGAAACAAAUUAUUUGUUCAACCUUUACUGUCUCACUGUUCUCUCUGUUGGUAUGAAUCUAUUAGGGGUAAGAUUUGUUAUUACCUUUUUCAUUCCCAAUUGAAACUCCCACACCAAAAUUUGAUUAUAAAUGCUGUGUAGUGAACUGGCUACUCUAUUCUUCA